CUUUUAUGCAUACACUUACACCACUGCGGGGUGGCUUUCCCUCCAGAGCUUCGCCUUAAUCACAGUCCCGGAGAUGAUGACCACAAUGCUGGAACAGGAAUCCAGACAGCCUUCUUCCAUUGAAACCUACUUCUCCCGUUGCUUCGGCUUUAGUCUCCUCACAAUCGCCAUCCUGACGGUUCUGAUGACCGGCUCCAUCCCUCUGACCUCCUCCAUUGCCGAACCAGUCACCACAGACGACUCCGACCCAAAGGCACCCUACGCAGUACCGACACUGAUCGUUACAACCGUCUUCCACGGCCUCUCCGCAGGCUAUGCAUAUGCUUGGUGGGUGGAUAAGGGACAGGUGGCGUUUGCGGUUGGCAUGGUGGUCUCGGGCGCUAUUGCUUUUGUGGGACUCUGGUGCGCGCUUUUCGCAACCAGCAAUGGGAAAAUUAGUCGGAAGACCGGGGCAGAUAAGAGGACAGCCGGGUUCCCGUUUGCCAAUAAGGAAGCUGCGAAAAAGCAUGGGAAGAAGAGUCUGUAAAUUGGACAUGGGAUGGGGGAUGGAGUUUGAUGGUUUUGUCAAUCGAGGUUGAUAUACUGUAUGCUAGUCUGCUGUUCAUAGUGAGUCUGACGGAAAUAGAAGCUGCUUGACUAGCUGCACCUGCAGCAAUGUCAGAUAAUACACCAC